UCCCGCCAAAAUUGCUUCCAUCUUUUACGAUGAGCAAAAACGAAAUGUUAACCAGAAAAACAGCAAUGGAGGGGCAAAAGAUGGUGUUAAUUUUGUGUUCCUUGGUGAGUUAUUUAAGCGUAGGAAGUGUUGGAGUGGAGAUUUUAUCGAAAUCGAAGCUUGAAAAGUGCGAGAAGGGCUCCGAUUCCGAUACUCUCAAUUGCACUACCAAAAUCGUCCUCAACAUGGCCGUUCCCAGCGGUUCAAGUGGCGGAGAGGCGUCGAUUGUGGCGGAGUUAGUGGAGGUCGAGGAGAAUUCUACCAGCAACAUGCAAACACUGCGAAUACCACCAGUGAUAACUGUCAAUAAAUCCGCUGCCUAUGCCCUGUAUGAGCUAUUAUAUAUACGCGACGUUGCUUAUAAACCUCAAGAAUACCAUGUCAAGACACGCAAAUGUGAGCCAGAUGCUGGUGGUGAUAUUGUGAAGACAUGUGAGAGGUUGCGGGACGAGAAUGGUCACAUCAUUGAGCAUACUCAGCCAACCUGUUGUCCUUGUGGGCCCCAACGGCGAGUACCUUCAUCAUGUGGAAACUUUUUUGACAAAUUGAUGAAAGGAAAGGCCAAUACUGCACAUUGUGUCCGCUAUCCAGGUGAUUGGUUCCAUGUUUUUGGUAUUGGAAGGCAAUCACUUGGAUUCAGUGUUCGAGUUGAGGUAAAGACAAGAUCUACAGUUUCGGAAGUGAUAGUGGGCCCUCAAAAUAGAACUGUGACAUCCAAGGACAAUUUUCUGAGGGUUAAUCUCAUUGGAGAUUUUGUUGGGUACUCAAGUGUUCCUUCUUUUGAAGACUUCUACCUUGUCAUUCCCAGGCAGGGUGAACCUGGUCAACCACAAGAUCUUGGGAGAAAUUUUUCAAUGUGGAUGCUGCUUGAGAGAGUCAGGUUUACCUUAGAUGGUUUUGAAUGCAACAAAAUUGGUGUUAGUUAUGAGGCUUUCAAUAGACAACCAAACUUCUGUUCUUCACCAUUUUGGAGUUGUUUGCAUAAUCAGUUGUGGAAUUACCGAGAUGCUGAUCGUCACCGAAUUGAUAGGAAUCAAAUACCACUAUAUGGUGUGGAAGGAAGGUUUGAAAGGAUAAACCAGCAUCCAAAUGCGGGGACUCACUCAUUCUCCAUUGGCAUCACUGAAGUUCUUAAUACAAAUCUUUUGAUAGAACUUAGUGCUGAUGACAUAGAAUAUGUCUACCAAAGGAGCGAUGGGAAAAUCUUAAAUGUUACUAUCCCUACAUUUGAAGCACUUACUCAAUUUGGAGUUGCUACAAUCACAGCACAGAAUACUGGGAAAGUGGAAGCAUCAUACAGCUUAACGUUUGGCUGCUCAAAAGGUGUCUCCCUCAUGGAGGAACAAUUCUUCAUUAUGAAACCAAAUGAACUUGCAGAUCGAUCAUUUAAACUCUACCCGACCACUGAUCAAGCUGCAAAAUAUGUGUGUGCAGCUAUACUGAAGGACUCUAAUUUUAAAGAAGUUGAUAGGGCUGAGUGCCAUUUUUCGACUACAGCUACCAUCCUUGACAACGGAUCACAGAUUACUCCCCCUCAACAGCCAAAGACUGGUAGACAUGGUUUCUUAGAAUCUAUUGAAAGCAUUGGGAUAAAAUUGUGGGAAGGUCUAGUGGACUUCAUCACUGGAAGAAUUUGCAGAAGGAAGUGCGUUAGUUUCUUUGAUUUCAGUUGCCACAUACAAUACAUAUGCAUGAGUUGGAUGGUGAUGUUUGGUCUACUUUUGGCCAUUUUCCCAAUGGUGCUUGUGCUACUAUGGCUUUUACAUCAAAAAGGACUCUUCGAUCCUCUUUAUGACUGGUGGGAAGGUCACGUGUGGGUCCAUAAGCGGAGAAUUAGACACGUGCCAAGACAUGAUACAAUUCAUCAUCGUCAUCAUCACAAGCAUGCUAAUAGACGCCAUGAAUUGAGAGCAAGGCACCACAAGCAUGAUGCUCACAGUCAAAGAAGCACUCAUCAAGGGCAUAGACAUAACCACUCAAGAAGAGAUACAGAUUAUUAUCUUCACCAUGUUCAUAGGGACAACAGUAAGCACAAGAGGGGCAAGAAAUCAAGAUUCAAGCAGCAAGUCUACAUGGGUGGAAUCGAGGACUACACUGAGCACCACAGGCACAGAAAGGAAAAACACUAUACACGGACCAUUUAGAUGACCAAUCUAGAAGAGAGAGUGAGAGAGUAUUUGACAAUGAUGCAACUGAAAGAUUUACAGUAAAUUUUCAUUGUGACAAGUGUUAACUGUAGCUUGGUAUGCUUAAUUGUCAUUUGUGAAUAAAGGAACCAAAACAAAUCACAAUUUAUUUUAUUGAAAUAGGAUAUAAAA